AAACAUUCCUGCAUUAUAAAAAAUUAUUUAAGUACAAAAAAAAUGUUUUAUUUUUCAUUUUUUUUCUUUCCAAUUUCGCGUGGUUAUAUCUUAUUUCAUCGGAAUUUUUUUCAUUCCCUCCCCACCUCCAUUCCCCUCCUCUAGCCUUUUACCUUUUAUAAAUAAAAAAAGGUUCCUUGAUAUUUUUAUUAAAGUCCUUAAUUAAAAAUAAAAAGAAAUCAUUAUGGAACAUUCUGAUGUAAUCACGAACCACCAAAAUUCAACAUCGAAAGACUAUAGUUACUUAAAUUUACAAAGUGGUUUGUUUCGUUAUAUAUGGACGACAGAUUAUUCUGCACCUUGCACUGAAAUCCUUCAAAAAGAUGGUGCUAAAGUUCUCGAUGUUGGAUGUGGUACCGGCGUAUGGGUAAUAGAUAUGUCGAAAAACUAUCCUUUAUCUCACUUUAUCGGAAUCGACGAUUUACUCAUAUUCCCUCAAGAUCCUGAAGAUUUAACCCCAAACUCCACAUUUCUUCAAUGCAGCUUGACUGGUCCUUUACCUUUCGAAGAUAAUUACUUUGAUUAUGUACAUUGUAGAAACGCUCUUAUGGAUUUUAGUGUUACUGAAUGGAAAGAAAAAAUCAUUCCGGAAAUUAUCAGAGUGACAAAACCCAAUGGCUUCGUUGAACAUUGCGAAGUGGAUGAGCAUUACGUAAAUGAAGGUCAAAUUAUGAGAGAAAUUACGAAUUCAAUUACGAAUUAUAACACUUCUCGCAAAAUUGAUGGAAUGAUCGGUGAAAAAUUGGAUGAGAUUUUGUUAGAAACUGGAGAGUUAUAUAAUAUACAUCAUCAACAAAAAUAUAGCCCUAUUGGAGGUGGAUGGGGAGGUGAAUUCGGAAAACUGGCAAUUGAUAUCUUUGCCGGAAAAUGUCGUAUCAUGAGAACAGAGCUUGCUGAAGAAAUGAAUAUUACGCCUCAAGAAUUUGAUGAGAAAAUCCAAGCCUGUCUUAAAGAGGCAGAAACUACGAGAACCUAUUUAAAAUCUCAUCGUGUAUAUGCCCAGAAACUAGCUUGAAUCUCUAUUUUUUUUUUAUAUAUUCUUUUUUUUUUUCGAAUAAAAAAAAAAAAA